UCUGUGUUUUCUGCUCUCUCGUUUGUAACCACCCACUUGAACCGGAACCUUUCCCCGGGAUUUGCAGCCCUCCCUAUCGGUCUAUCGCCCUGCCAGCCAGCCACAACACCGACCCGCACACCGCCGUGCGCCCGUCGCCUCUCAUCUCUGCCCGGAGCGGGACGCGUCCUGUUUUACGAUGCCUGGGAUAGCGAUGGCAGGUCGGCCCGUUACAUACAUCGGCUACUACCGGUGGAAGUGACAUAGGCCUGUCUGUCCUCUUUGACAGCCUCUCCGUGGACACCGACGGUUGACAGGAUCCAUGAGCGCCGCUAUACGGAUUCACCCUAUGCGUUCUGGUGAUCUAUGGUGACCGGCUCGCCUCGGUGGGGUUGGUGACCCAUCGUUUCAAGCUCUUGUUUCAGCGGAAAGGAUUGUUAACACCCCCUACCCCAGGGUCGAUAAAGGGAAAAGAUGGGGAGCACGACCUCUUGCUGCGUGUCUGCCAGCCCCAAGCUCCGCAGAAAUGCCCACUCCAGGCUGGAGUCGUACCACCAGGAGUCGGAGCUGAGCAGGGAGGAGACGGGAUGCAACCUGCAGCACAUCAGCGACCGGGAGAACGUCGACGAGUUGAAUAUGGAGUACAAUCCAUCGGACCAUCCGCGGGCCAGCACCAUAUUCCUCAGCAAAUCCCAGAACGAUGAGAUGCCCUACAGGAAUGUGCGGGAAAAACAAAAAAGCCUCUUCAUCAGUAAUCAUGGAACGUCAAGGCGGAAAUACAGCUCCUGCUCCACCAUCUUCCUAGACGAUAACACAGUCAGCCAGCCCAACCUCAAAUACACCAUCAAAUGCGUAGCACUGGCGAUAUACUACCAUAUAAAAAACAGGGACACCAAUGGAGGAAUGCUGCUAGAUAUAUUUGAUGAGAAGCUUCAUCCUCUUUCAAAAUCCGACGUGCCGCUGGACUAUGACCAACAUGACCCAGAGCAGAAGCAGAUCUACCGGUUUGUCAGGAUGUUGUUCAGUGCCGCUCAGCUCACUUCUGAGUGUGCCAUCGUCACACUGGUCUACCUGGAGAGGCUCCUGACCUAUGCAGAGAUUGAUAUCUGUCCAGGUAACUGGAAGAGGAUCGUUCUGGGUGCUAUCCUGCUGGCCUCCAAGGUUUGGGAUGACCAGGCCGUCUGGAACAUUGACUACUGCCAGAUCCUCAAGGAUAUCACUGUGGAGGACAUGAAUGAGUUGGAGCGGCAGUUUCUGGAGCUGCUGCAGUUCAACAUCAACGUGCCGUCCAGUGUCUACGCCAAGUAUUACUUUGACCUGCGAUCGCUUUCAGAGUCCAACAAUCUCAGCUUCCCCCUGGAACCGCUCAGCAGAGAAAAGGCCCAAAAACUAGAGGCUAUUUCCAGGCUAUGUGAUGACAAGUACAAGGACGUACGGAGAGCUGCAAGGAAGCGCUCGGCCAGCAUGGACAAUCUGUGUGGGAUCAGAUGGGUUCCUGCAAUCCUCUCCUAACCACUAUUAAUCUGCCAUGUACUGAACACUGGCAUCAGGCUGCAGACACUGGCUGGAUGAGAAAACUCUAAAAACACACAUUAGUGGAAACAGACCAGCAUGGUCCAAAAACUUCAGUUUGGAUACCCAGAUAAUACCAACACAUGGAACAGAGAGUGAAACCUGAAAUCAACAUCUGGACCUCACACCUUCAAACUGGAGGGAAGAAAGUGAAGCCACGUCCGUAGUUUCUGGAGGUGAGGUGAAUGCCAGGGGGGUUUCUAACUUAACCUAAUGCCUUCACAGUGCCUCAACUAUUCUGUUCAUGAAAGAGAGAAGGGAGUUCCAGGUUGUUAUAUCAUCUGUGGAGAAAAAUCUAGCUUUGGACGAACCCAAAAAGUCCUGGACAAGACAACCGUGAAGACUUCUUAGGACACGGCAUUGUGAAGUUGUCUUAAUGUCGGCACUCUGUUCAGUUUUCCGGUUUUGUCCAGACUACUCUGUGUAUGGCUAAAUUGAAAGAUUUGACAUAACCUGCCUUUGAGAUGGCCCUGCAACUUCACAAUGAAGCAUAUUAUUUAUUUUACUUGAUUAUGUGAACUUAUGUGAAUAGUUGCAGCUGUCUGAACCCAUAGCACCUGCAGAGUUUCAAAAACAGUAGCGUAGCACUGGAAUUUCUACCGGUUAUUUAUUUCCUUUGACAGGUCUUAGAAUAAUAAAAGUGUCAGCAAAUUUUCUCCUUUGGAAAUCUUUAUAUUCAAGGUUUACAGUAUUUCUAGCGUACCUCUCAAUACUCAGGUAGUCCAUUUCAUCUUUUGAUUUAUUGUGAUCCUCCUCAUUUGCUUAUCCCAUUAAUUAUGACAAGUGACAAACAAAUUGCAGAUGGAAGGAGCUAGAAUUUAUAAACAAUUGUGACAACAUUCCCACAGAUAUCACGGAUACAUUCCUGUUUUGGGGACAUAAUAAUGGGCAUAAUCAAACAAUUACUACCACAUUUCUUUAGACUGUAUAACAUGCAAUAUAGACCAGAGCAUGUUUUCUCGAGGUUCUGAUUCAGUAUUCAUCAGAUUUUGGUUACAUCUCAACGUGACUUGGUCAAGAUGUGUUUGCAGUUUAAUUUUUAGAAGCCCCAUUGAAGCUUUGAGUAGAGUAAGCAGACCUCUCUGCUGACAUCUACUGGACAUUUGAGCAUAGCAGAAAACUCAUUUCAGGUUGUGGUGAUUCAAUGGGUCAGUAUAUUUAGCACCAAAAUAUACUGUUACUGUAAAACACAAACUUCAGCCUCAAACCAAAACAAUAAUCACAGCCAACAGUUGGGUGUACUGGUCUGACAAGGAGGCCACACAGCACUGCUUUGUUUUUAUUUAUUCAGUAUUAUAGAGCUACAUAACAAUACAUUACAUCUACAGUACAUUUGGAAAAUCAUAAAUAAAAAAGCUGUAACCCCAAUUGUCACAAGUAUGAUUUUCCAGUGAUCUGCUAUCUCUUUUGUGUCACCAACAACACCAAUGUGUCCUGUUGAUCUGUCCUUAAGAAAAGGUGUCCAUGGAAAAAAGCCAUGGUGUGUGUCCCAAAAUUCAGAAUGGUCCAGAUUAUUAAAAGAAUAGUAAUAAGCCACUAAGGGUGUGUUCAUUCACCACAAAGGUAUACUUUCAUUGCCUUUGAAACCCACAUUCAUUAUGUUUUUUCAAAUAAUUUCAGCACACUUGUAACUUUUCAAUAUGACGCUAAUUUUAUGAAGAUAAACGCUGACUGUUGAGCCAAGUCUUUAGAAGUGUUGAAACUGCUGACAAAUACAUUCUUUUGUAUUUCCAUUAUACAUUUGAUUUCAGUCUAAUUGCUACUGGCAAAUAACUGAUCAGGUUUUCACGUGUUUUUCUCAUUUGUCUGAAAACUAAAUCACUAAAAUAUAAUUAUUUUCCAAAUUAACUUUGUACAAUGUAUAAAGUAAAAAAAAAACAGACAGGUUAAUUGUGAAUUAUUUAAGGAUGUGUUGAUUUAUGUUUUUAAUAAAAGAAAAUGCUCUUGUCUAUAA